UCACCGUUCGUCCAUUUCGUUACCAGAGUGCGUGUAUUUAGCUAGCAUAACGGGGACAAGAUGGCUGCGACAGGUCGUUACUACAGCGAAGGCGGCAGAGCGACGAAAAGGCAAAAAACCGAGAACGACGGAAUGGAGGGCUACGAGGACCCUCACAAGACACUGCCCUCCGUGGUUAUUCACGUACGGGGGCUCAUCGAUGGCGUCACGGAAGCAGACCUCGUGGAGGCCUUACAGGAGUUCGGCCCAAUCAGCUACGUGGUUGUGAUGCCUAAAAAACGCCAGGCCCUGGUUGAGUAUGAGGACAUGAGCGGGUCGUGUAAUGCCGUGACAUAUGCGAAUGACAACCAAAUCUACAUAGCUGGCAAUCCUGCCUUCAUCAACUAUUCCACCAGUCAGAAAAUAUCUCGCCCAAGUGACGCAGACGAUUCGCGGAGCGUCAACCUGGUUCUCUUGCUCACCAUCAUGAACCCCAUUUAUCCCAUCACAUCCGAUGUGCUGUACACAAUUUGCAACAAUUGUGGUCCAGUUCAGAGGAUUGUUAUCUUCCGGAAAAAUGGUGUACAGGCCAUGGUGGAGUUCGACUCCGUUCAGAGUGCUCAGAGGGCCAAGGCCUCUCUCAAUGGAGCUGAUAUUUACUCUGGUUGUUGCACAUUGAAGAUUGAGUAUGCAAAGCCAACCCGCCUCAAUGUUUUCAAGAAUGAUCAGGACACCUGGGAUUAUACCAACCCAACUUUGAGCGGCCAAGAUGCUGAUGCAGAGGGCAAUGGGAACAAUGCUCAAGAUGUGAAUGCCAACCCCAACAAGCGCGCCAGACAGCCUGCGCUGCUGGGAGACCACCCCCCAGAGUACGUUCAUACUGAUCGCGACCGGGGGGAUUUGUCUGCUGCAGGUGGCCCACAAGCUUACCACGGAGGGUACCAUGAUGAUGGCUACUACGAGGGUCGUCGCCCAGGCCCUCCCAUGGGGGGACCGCGGGGAAGUGGGCCAAACCAGCGGUAUGGAGGGCAGUAUGGCCCUCCCCCUCCACCACCUGGGGAGUACAGCCCCCAUGCCGAGUCUCCCGUGGUCAUGGUGUAUGGUCUGGACCCAACAAAGAUGAAUGCAGACAGGGUGUUCAACAUCUUCUGUCUGUACGGCAAUGUGGAGCGGGUUAAAUUCAUGAAGAGCAAGCCUGGAGCAUGCAUGGUGGAGAUGGGAGAUUGCUAUGCUGUUGACCGAGCCAUUUCUCACCUCAACAACAACUUCCUCUUCAACCAGAAGCUCAAUGUCUGUGUGUCCAAGCAGCAAGCAAUCAUGCUGGGUCAGUCCUACACACUAGAUGAUGGCAGCAACAGCUUCAAGGAUUUCCAUGGCAGCAGGAACAACCGCUUCAACUCGCCGGAACAGGCAGCCAAGAAUCGCAUCCAACACCCUAGCAACGUUCUGCACUUCUUCAACGCGCAGCCAGAGGCCACUCCAGAAAUAUUCUCCCAGAAUUUCCCAUUUCAGAUUUGUGAGGAGCUUGGCAUCAAGAGCCCCUCAAAUGUCAAGCUUUUUACAGGAAAGACUUUUGUCCAUCUGUCAGAUGGAACACCUGGAGAGCGCAGUGCCUCAGGCCUGCUAGAGUGGGAGUCCAUUAAUGAUGCUAUGGAGGCGUUAGCCAUGAUGAACCAUUACCAGAUGCAGAACCCUAUUUCCACCCCAGACGGCCCUUACCCCUACACGCUGAAGCUGUGCUUCUCCACUGCACAGCACGCCAACUGAGGAGGAGGAGGAGGAGCACCACCACCUGUCUGCAGGAUGAACAGCCACAAACUACUAAAAUCACUGCUUGACUUCACCUGCAUUUUACCCUCUUGUGUGCAACAGGCAGUUGUUAGUGUUUUUGUGUCUGCAGUCAUAUUGAGUUGUCUUCAUAUUGUUUCAAGAUUUAUUCAUGUAUCCUUUGAGAGAGAGUUCUGUGAGAAUGACUGACCAACAUGAAUAAGGAAAUGUUUUUACUUAAAAGAUGGGGAUAAGCUUUUGUACCAGUAUUUUUCUUUUCUUUUUUACUGCUUUCCAUCAGUAUGGUUUUGUGUUAUGUGUUUUAGCACCUGCCAGAGGUUCACACUUUAUAAGGAGACUGCAUCUUGUGUUUUGUUCUCAAUAAAAUUGAUGAUUAAUUAAUUGGA